AUGGGUGACAAAGCUGAAGACGCCCUCACGGCACUUUGUCUGACAGCCGUAAACGCGAAGAAGUAUGUCAAAGUCAUCGAAGCCUUCGACAGUCACUUCGUCGUCAAGAAAAACAUCAUCUAUGAAAGAGCGCUCUUCAAUCGCCGCAUACAAGACGAAGGUGAACCAAUGACUGACUUCAUCACAUCUCUGUACACUUUAGCCGAGCGGUGCGACUACGGCGACUUCAAGGACGAAUUAAUCCAUGACAGGAUUGUCGUCGGCGUGCGUGACCAGAAGUUGUCGACGAAACUUCAGCUUGAACAAGACCUCACACUGGAGAAAGCAGUACUUUGCGUAAAGCAGUUCGAAGUCCUCAAGCAGCAACCGCAUAUUCAUGUGGCCGGCUCCCCAGAAGGAACAGCUGCCAUCGAUCGCCUACAUACAGCUAGCCAACCACGACGCGUCGACAGCAAGCGCAAACCAGUUGGGCAAUCCCAGACUCGGCGUUCGUACGACUGGCAAGUCUCCGGAAAGUCCGAGCUUCCUGGGGGCAAUCAGAAACGGUGGACCGACCCCGUGGAGAACGCAGUUGUACGUCAACACGUCAACGGACAGGAGGUGCAGUUUCGAUUGGACACUGGUGCGGACGUAUCAGCCCUGCCGGAGGAUACAUAUCUCAACCUCAGCUCAUCAGCGCCGCUGCGUGAGUCUGAUAAAUUCCUCAUCGGUCCCUCUAACGAACAGUUAGACGUGCUGGGCAUGAUAGAAGCAACUGUGGUUUAUAAGGGAGCAACCACCUCGGAGAGAUUCUACGUUGCACGCAACCUCGGCGAGCCACUGCUUAGGCCUCAUAGAGACAGACUAAAGCCAAACGCAGUACCUUUCGCCAUAACCUCUACGAGGCGCAUUCCCAUCCCGCUGCACGACGCUGUUGAGGCUGAGCUAAAGAAGCUGGAAAAUCAGGGAGUGAUAACAAAAGUCCAAGAUCCGUCUCCUUGGUGCGCGCCAAUAGUCGUCACACCCAAGAAGGAUGGUGGCGUCAGGCUCUGCGUGGACUACACCAUGCUGAACAAAGGGGUACUCAGAGAGCAUCACCCCAUUCCAAGUGUAGAACACACGUUAGGACUUCUCGGAGGAGCGAAGUAUUUCUCGAAACUAGACGCGUACUCCGGACUUUACCAAAUCAAGGUAGAUCCAAAGUCAUCUGAGCUAACAACCUUCAUCACUCCUUUUGGGAGAUAUAAGUUUAACAGGAUGCCCUUUGGAAUCUCAUCAGCUCCGGAGCAUUACCAAAGGAUGAUAAGUCACGUACUCGAGGGAUUGAAAGGAGUCGUGUGCCACAUAGACGACGUGCUAGUGUGGGGAGAGACCAAGCAGUCCCACGACGAGCGCCUUGCCCUGGUCCUCGAGCGGUUACUCAAGGCAGAUGAGGGUAUGGUUGAAGCCAUCGUUAAAAUGAAGCCGCCAACCAACGUGACAGAGAUCAAGCGCUUCCUCGGGAUGACCAACUUCGUAUCUCGGUUCAUUCCGAAUUUCGGUUACAUCGCGCAUCCGCUGACAGAGCUUUUGCGCAAGUCCAACCAUUUUGUCUGGGACGCCGCACAGCAGCAGGCUUUUCAAGAAAUUAAAGAAGCCAUAACUUCACGACCCGUCCUAGCUCUCUAUGACCCGAGGAAACGACUCAUCGUCUCAUCAGAUGCCUCAAGCUACGGUCUGGGAGCAGUUCUGUUCCAAAAAGACCCCCAUGGCAAUCGGCGGCCUGUAGCGUACGCUUCAAAAACGUUGACCUCAGCUGAAGCAGGCUACUCUCAAAUCGAGAAAGAAGCUCUCGGAAUAACGUGGGCAUGUGAGAAAUUCAGGGACUACUUCAUCGGGCUUCAUUUCAAGAUAGAAACGGAUCACAAGCCUUUGGUGCCCAUCCUUUCCACUAAACCCAUCGACAGCCUAACACCCAGACUUCAGCGUCUUCGUCUACGCAUGAUGCGGUAUGACUACGAGACCACGUUUAUACCAGGCAAGCAGCUCAUCACAGCCGAUGCUCUCUCUCGUCAGCCACUCGCAACGCAGGACUCCGGAGACAUCUCAGGCGAAGUAUCAACCUAUGCAAGUGUCGUAGUGGGCCUUUUGUCGUCGGAGGUGGCAAGCCUAGAGAAAGUUGCCAUGGCGCAGAAGCGUGAUCCGACAUGUAAAGCUAUAGAAGCCUUCACGAGAAACGGGUGGCCAGCGCACAAGAGCAAAACUCCGAAAGACUGCCAAUAUUUGGCCUACACUUACCUCCAGCCUAAGAGCAGGGUGCUGGAGCUGGGUCCUCGUGCCUCGGAGCUGGUGCAACUUCGACUGGACAACUAG